ACCACUCCUGAACUCGCUUCUGUGAGCGCACAGUGUGGAUACACGCUGAACUCCUGAACUCGCUUCUGGGAGCGCACAGUGUGGAUACACGCUGCUUUGACAGUCUGGGCUGACCUGGCGUGUCUCCUGAGAUCUGCUCCCUCCUCGUCCAGCUGCUGGGGCAGGACUCCAUGCUGCUGUGGGUGUCCCUGCUGGUCCUCGCUCCAGUCCAUGGACAAUUUGCAGCUGCACCUAGACCUGUGAUUUCCCUCCAUCCUCCAUGGACCACAGUUUUUCAAGGAGAGACAGUGAAUCUGACUUGCAGUAGAUUUCAUUUCCAUGCACCAGAGAAAACAGAAUGGUAUGGGAAAUAUGGAUACAUAACAGGAAGAGAAACCCCAGGAGAUACCCUGCAAGUCCGUGAUUCGGGAACUUACAGAUGCAAGGUCCAGGGCUCACUUCUAAGUAACCCUGUAUCCUUGACCUUUUCUACAGGCUCCUUAAUCCUACAGGCUCCUUAUUCUGUGUUUGAAGGAGACAUACUGGUUCUGAGAUGCCAGCAAAGGGGAAAAGAGAAACUGACCUCCGUGAAAUACACUUGGAAUGGAAAAGUCCUUCUCGUUUCUAACAAAAGCUUGGAUCUUUUUAUCCCAAGAGCAGGUUUAAAUAACAGUGGCUUUUAUCAAUGCAUUGGAUUUAGGAACCAAAAAUUGGCAGAUAAGUCAGCUACCGAAUAUAUUGGAAUUAAAGAAUUAUUUCCACGUCCGAACCUGAAAGUCACAGCCCUUCAGCCUACAGAAGGGAACUCCGUAAACCUGAGCUGUGAAACGCAUCUUCCUCCAGAGAGACUGGACACCCCUCUUCACUUCAUCUUCUUCAGAGAUGACAGAAUCGUCCUGUCAAGUUGGAGCAACUUCUCAGGGCUCCAGAUCCCCACCAUCUGGAGAGAAGACUCGGGACGGUAUAGAUGUGGGGCUGCAACUGUGACAAGCAGCAUCCAGAAGCUCAGCUCCUCCUGGGAGAUCCUCGUACAGAGGGUCCCUGUGUCUCAGGUCUCCUUGGAGACCCAGCCCCCAGGAGGCCAGGCAAUCGAGGGGGAGAUGCUGGUCCUUGUCUGCUCCGUGGCUGAAGGCACAGGGGUCACCACAUUCUCCUGGCACAGAGAGAACACGACGGAGAGUCUGGGGAGGAAGACUCAGCGUUCCCAGAGAGCAGAGCUGGAGAUCCCAGUCGUCCGGGGGAGCCACGGCGGGGGAUUCUACUGCACAGCCGACAACAGCUACGGCCCGGUGCAGAGCCAGGUGGUGAACGUCACUGUGAGGGUGAUUCCCAGCAACAGAAGUGCCCUCAUCGCCGGAGGAGCCGCUGGGGGACUGCUCAGCUUUCUCUUCCUGCUUGGGGCCCUGCUGUUUUUCCACUGGCACAGGACGAAAUCAGGAGGUGGUUUCUGGACAGCUGAAACCAGGAGUCCUCUCACCCCCGGCCUGGGACAGUCCUUUCAUUACAUCUGCUCUGCCCAGGUGGAACCACACAUCUCCUGUGACAAUGAAGGAGAUUUGGUAUAUGCUGAGAUCCAGACUAUUGACCUGGGAGAAGAAGGAGAAGGUAACACCCCCUGGAUGCCUCCAGAGGACAAGCAUGCCUUGAUUGUCUACUCUGAGGUGAAGACACAGCUGCCAGUUGACUCAGAUGGAAAAGUUGGCUCCAAUGAUGAAGAUGCAGAAGAAUAUUAUGAAAAUAUCGUACUCAUGUGACUUGACCCUCCAGGCCCUCGGAGCAAGCAACAGAUGCAGCUUUCUGACACUUACACCGUAUGCACUCACCCCCAAGACGCCUCAUUAUCCACCCUGAAGCAGUGAUGGGAUGACCUCUGGCAGCCUUUGCUAAAAUGACUGGGUUCUUGUCCAGAGCUAGAAGAAGACUCUGUUCACUUGCUCUGGGCCCGAUCUAAUGUGUUCUCCAGAAUCUGAUUUAGGGCAGGAGAAUAAGGAGAGAAAGAGAAAGAAUGCUUUUGAAAAAUAGAAACAUAGAUUUUAGUGAAUUAGGACUUGUACAAAGAUAGAAAAGACUGAGCAAUGUGGUUCUCCUUUUAAUACCUUUGUGAUUCCUUCAGCAGAGAACCCUUGACAUCCUUUGGUGUAGCUGUGAGCAGUUGUACUACAGAGACCUGAACAGCCCCUCCCCACCUGCCUGCAGUUUGCUCUGUCAGGAUUCAGGUGAAGAUGAAAAGAUCCACUUCAAAUGGUUUAUGGAGAAAGGAUUUUUUUUUCCCCAAGAUUUUAAACACUUACAAAAUCUUCAGGAGAGCUAGAGAAGCAGGCUUUAGGCUAAACUUCCCAAAGCAAAAGGGAUUUAUGUUACUAUCACUUGGAACACAACCUUAUAACAUUAGAGAAAAAGAGAUAUAAUAGAAAAUUAAAAAGCAAUUUUGCAAACCUAAAUUUGAAUUUGAAAUAUCAGUAUAAAUUCAUGAUUAAACUCCACAUUUUAAAAAAAUGUGCACUUCUAGGUUCAUCCACUGAAAAGACAUAAUCAUCAGUUAAACAGCGAUAAGCACUCCUUGCAAAGGUUAUAGUCUCUAAACACCCUGUCCUCCUCAAGUGAAAAUAGGGCUGUCUUUCUUGUAAGAGUAUUGUCUUUGAGUUAUCAAAUAGUUACCGAGAGAAUAAUUCUUCCAAAAAAUAAGAAAACGAUGAAAGAAAUAGGAAAUCACUGUCUCUCAUGAUGUUUCAUGCUGCCCCUACUGGUUAACAUGAAAGAGAAAAACCACAGCCAAACAACAAGUGGCUUCUGGUGGAAAAAUACAGUACAGUACCACCUAUGGAGUACUGAUGCCCCAAAUAUCAAAACUGAAUCCCAGGGUUGGGGAUGUAGCUCAGUUGGUAGAGGGCUGGCCUCUCAUGUCUCAUGCACAAGGACCUGGGUUCAAUCCCCAGCACCAAAAAAAAAAAAAGAAAACUGAAUCCCAUCAAGUCUUUAGACCUAAUUACUAGUUUAUAGGAAAUACAUGAAACAAAGGAAUGGGUUAGAAUAGCAUCAGGGGAUUGCAACCAACAAAAUGCAAACUGUGGGAAAAUUCUACAGGACCAAUGACCUGGUUUCCUCACUAAUAAAUGGGAAGGGAGGGAGGGAGGAAGAAAAGAGAGAACAGGAGAAAAAGAAGAGCAAGAUAAAGAGAAAAGGGAGAAAGUCAUAAAUUAAAUAGUACUCGAGACCUAUCAACCAGAAAGAAUGAGCAGGCCCUGUUUGGAAUCUGAUUCAAACAAAUCCAGGGAAGAAAGGGAAAAAAAAAA